UUCCAUUAUUCUGGUCGACCAGUCUUCGAAGCUUGUGCAAUGAUUGGUACUACUAAUUCGUGUCUCGGGUUCGUGCCAUUGUAGGCAGAAAGCUUUUGUGCAUCCGUGAAAAAGAUUGAAAUUAUGCAAUUUGUUUCGUACUUUCCGAACCGUUGCUAGUGUUAAACGCAGCCCAAUGGUGUUGGUCAGCCAAAAUGACCAUUUAGAGCUUUCGAACUGUGCGUGAAAAGUGAAAUUUCCCUUUCGGAAGUCUGGAUGGGAUCGGUUUAUCAGGUCAGAAAAAGAGAACAGUGGAGACCGCGAAACAAGCAAAAAACUAUCAGUGUAUAAAUUGUGCAACGAUGUGUGCGUGUGUUUAAUAUCGUUGCUGCGUUUGGGAGCAGAAAAGUUUACAAAACGAGCCGUACCAAACGGACUGACAAGUAGUGGUAUCUGGCAACACGGUUAUGCAGUAGCACCACAAUCGAAAGCCUAAAUACUGGAUAAUAGCAGCAGCAGCAGCAGCCAGCAACCCGACCAAAGCAAUAGCACGGGGCGAGAAACCGAGACGAAGAGGUAUUAGCUAUCGAGUUGAGUACAACACCAGCGCGCUCGUAUGUGGUGGAGCAGAAGAGAACGAGUAGUGCUUUGAAAAGUUGAAAAAUGGCCGCAUCCAAUUCGACGGGUUCGACGUUGACUCGUCGUGCUGCUUCUGCUGGACUACAACUGCUGGAUGGUCAUCGUCGUAUUCUUUGUUCGGUCGCAAUUGUCCGUGUGUAAUGAAUGAAUAUAUGUUGCAUUGUGCUGUGAGGAUAGAACAUCCCCAAAACAAGUGAGUGAGAUUCCUAGGCAAGUGUAGUACCCCAUUAGGAAAGGUGUGCGUUUUUUCAAUUCGGAAGAAAUAUUUCACAACCCUCGGUGACGAAGAAAAGUGUAAAGGCCAGAAGCGACUGUGGUCGUCGCCUUGUGAUUUUCUUGUUUCAUGUUUUCAUGUGUCAGUUCGUCAUAAAUGUCGUGCAAUGAUCAUAUUGAUUCCAAUGUCUGUCCGAGAUGAAAAUUCGGUUCCUGACAAGCAGCAGCAGCAGCUAGUAGCAGGAAGUACUUCCAGCUCCGGUUGAGUGUGAAAGAGCCAAGCAACCAAGCCCUUGCGUGUGGAAGGAAAGAGAAAGCAAGCAGCUGGAAAAUCGAUCAGUAUAACCAGUGCAUACAACCAGGACUUUUUGUGUUUGUCGGAAAAUUGUGACCGGAGAGAGAGAAAGAAAGAGAGGAAGAUAGUGAGAGAACAAGCACGGAUCUAUUUUCUGUCAUCAUAAAAUAUCAACAAAAAACAACAAACGAGAACAAAAAUAAAAAUGCCGAGUGCUUCGUUUUCCUCGUCCCGGUCAUACGUGCGGCGAUCCCGCAGGAAGGGAAAUCGGAUUCCGUUGCCGUCGAGAACCUCAGCACUCGAACCACCAUGCCAGAACAUUCCGGCCCCAAACGCAGGGGCCGCCCCCGCCGGCCAGCCAAAUAGUGGUCCAGCUUUGGCGGCUGCACCCGGUUCAGGAUCGUCCGCCAAUCCCGCCUCUUCCAGCUCAUCUAACAGCAGCAGUAAUAGUAGUAACGCAACCAAUAGUAGCAGUGUAAAUAACUCAAACAAUCCUAUCACGCCGAGCAGCACAGGUACGAGUGCAGCUCCUUCGUCCUCCUCCGCGUCAUCUUCCUCGACGUCGGCGUCUCCGUCGUCAUCGCAAGGAUGCUCCUCUGCCAACUCCUCGCUGUCGACCAUCGGUGGGGCAUCAUCCUCGGCGUCGUCAUCCUCUCUAGCAACGGGAUCGUCCUCCGCGUCGACGUCGUCCGCUCCUGUAGUGUCCUCGAAUGCCAUUUCCUCGGUCGCACCGUCCGAGGUCAAACAGAACUCAAACUCGCCGUAUGAUUUAAGAAAAAAAUCGCCACUGGCAGCGCACGACUCGGGCAGCUGGCUGGCCGGAUCAAGUAGUUCCGGUGGCUCGGGCGGAACCGGACCAUCAUCCUCUGGAGGAAAUCCCAGCACCAGCAGUAGCCAUAGUCUUCUACAGUCCCAAUAUCAAUCUCUAGCCUACGACGGCAACGCUGCAUACAUGCUUCCGGCGCGAAAGCGGCCUAGACGUACUUAUUCCACCAGCACGGAAACAUCGGCUUCAGCAGUUGGCAGUGCCGUGGCUGGUAGUAGCAAUGGCAAUUGCACGGUUACUUCCGCUACUGCCACGUUGUCCACGCAUUGCUUACAGUCGGCUGCGCACUAUUUACAAUAUGAGAUGCCGGAUGAAGUACUGCUAACGAUAUUUUCCUACCUGCUCGAACAUGAUCUCUGUCGGGUAUCACUGGUGUGCAAGCGCUUCCAGACGAUCGCCAAUGACACGGAGCUGUGGAAGCGACUCUAUCAGAGUGUGUACGAGUACGAUAUGCCGCUAUUCAAUCCCGAACCUUGCAAGUUUAUCUUCGUCAAGCCGGAUGAUUCGGAUUACGCGAACCCGUGGAAGGAGAGCUUCCGGCAGCUUUAUCGCGGGAUUCAUGUGCGGUCCGGUUUCCAGGAUCGGCGGUAUCAGGGCCGUAACAAGGCGUACUUCAACACGGUACAAGCGGCGUUGGACUACGCCGAUGAGAAAAAUUCGGCCAACAACGGCGGUGUGAUGGGCGGAAGCAAUAGUAGUAGUAACAACAAUAGUAGUAGUAAUAAUGCCAAUAAUAGUAGUUCUAGUAGCAACUCCGGUUCCAAUUCCUCCGGUUGUGUAGUUGGAGGGGGAGGAGGAAGUGACGAAAAUUAUCCGCCGGAGAAUAAUGGUUCACUUAUCUUCCUUCACCACGGAACGUAUCGUGGUGAAUUUUUGGUGAUUGAUUCCGACGUGGCGCUUAUUGGAGCGGCUUCGGGCAAUGUGGCGGAAUCGAUCAUUCUGGAACGAGAGUCCGAGUCGACUGUGAUGUUUGUGGAGGGCGCCAAACACGCGUACGUAGGCCAUAUGACGCUGAAGUUCUCACCGGACGUUACCUCGACGGUGCCGCAUCACAAGCAUUACUGCUUAGAAGUGAGCGAGAAUUGCAGUCCUACGAUCGACCAUUGCAUCAUUAGGAGUACCUCGGUUGUUGGUGCGGCGGUGUGUGUCAGCGGUGUGGGCGCCAACCCGCUGAUCAAGUACUGUGACAUCAGUGACUGCGAAAACGUCGGUCUGUACGUGACGGAUUAUGCCCAGGGCACGUACGAGCACAAUGAGAUCAGCCGGAACGCACUGGCCGGGAUCUGGGUGAAAAAUUAUGCUAGUCCAAUAAUGCGCGAAAACCAUAUUCACCACGGUCGGGACGUGGGAAUAUUCACUUUUGACAAUGGAAUGGGAUAUUUCGAGAAGAACGACAUUCAUAACAAUCGAAUAGCGGGAUUCGAGGUGAAAGCCGGAGCCAAUCCUACGGUUGUCAAAUGCGAGAUCCAUCACGGCCAAACCGGAGGUAUUUACGUACACGAGAAUGGACUGGGUCAGUUCAUUGAGAACAAAAUUCAUUCCAAUAACUUUGCGGGUGUUUGGAUCACUUCCAACAGCAAUCCAACUAUUCGCAAAAACGAAAUCUACAACGGCCAUCAGGGUGGAGUGUAUAUUUUUGGCGAGGGUCGGGGACUGAUCGAGCAUAACAACAUAUACGGAAAUGCGUUGGCUGGAAUCCAGAUUCGUACGACGAGCGAUCCGAUUGUGCGGCAUAAUAAAAUUCACCACGGUCAGCAUGGGGGAAUCUACGUGCACGAGAAAGGUCAGGGACUGAUCGAGGAAAACGAAGUAUACGCGAACACACUGGCCGGUGUUUGGAUUACCACCGGAAGUACGCCGGUGCUGAGGCGGAACCGAAUUCACUCGGGCAAACAGGUUGGGGUUUAUUUCUACGAUAAUGGCCACGGAAAGCUGGAAGACAAUGACAUCUUCAACCAUCUGUAUUCGGGAGUACAAAUUCGAACGGGAAGUAAUCCGGUGAUUCGAGGCAACAAGAUUUGGGGUGGUCAAAACGGUGGAGUGUUAGUGUACAACGGAGGACUGGGCUUAUUGGAGCAGAACGAAAUAUUCGACAAUGCUAUGGCCGGUGUCUGGAUCAAGACUGAUUCGAAUCCUACGCUCAAACGGAACAAAAUCUACGAUGGACGAGACGGAGGCAUAUGUAUAUUCAACGGCGGGAAAGGUAUUCUGGAGGAGAAUGAUAUUUUUCGGAACACCCAGGCCGGAGUACUAAUAUCGACCCAGAGUCACCCGAUCCUGAAACGAAACCGGAUAUUUGAUGGACUGGCUGCGGGGGUAGAGAUCACGAACAAUGCCACGGCCACUCUGGAAUUCAAUCAAAUCUUCAACAAUAAGUUCGGUGGACUUUGCCUGGCUAGUGGGGUGCAGCCAAUCACUCGGGGCAAUAAGAUCUUCAACAAUCAGGACGAGGUAGAGAAGGCGGUUUCCGGGGGCCAAUGUCUGUACAAGAUCAGUUCGUAUACCUCGUUUCCGAUGCACGAUUUCUACCGGUGUCACACGUGUAAUACGACCGACCGGAACGCGAUUUGUGUGAACUGCAUCAAAACGUGUCAUGCAGGCCACGAUGUCGAAUUCAUCCGGCAUGACAGAUUCUUCUGUGAUUGUGGUGCUGGUACCCUUACCAACCAGUGUCAGCUGCAGGGAGAGCCGACACAGGACACCGAUACGCUGUACGAUUCCGCGGCGCCAAUGGAAUCACACACGCUAAUGGUAAACUAGGGUCUUGUUAUAUUCAUAAUAUUGUGUUAAAACCAACAAAGAUAAUAACAGCCACCAACGUGUGUAACAAGCGUCUCUAAGAAAGCUAAAGAGCUGAACCCUUUUCAAUCCGAGACUUGGUCUGGUACCUUCUUACAGCGAGUUAGUAUUAAAACGGAGCAAUGGGAAAAUUGAAUUUAAUCUAAGCAGAAAAUGUGUACCCUAUCACAACGAUGCAUGUGAAUAUUUUUUUUUUGGCUAAAGUUACUACAGAACAAAAUAUGGCACAUCGUCAGACUCUUCUCCUUUUUUAUCGUCAAUUUUUUUUCCACGGAUUAGGAGUGUAUGAGGUUGGCUGUUCACAUUUGUGUUGGAUCGUGUUGUUGGAGCUUUUCUGAAUCAAAAUUAUAUACGAAGAAAAAAUGCAGAAAAUCCAGAAAUUAACACACAUGUAAUUGUACACGAACGAAACACGGUAGAUGGGAAUCUCAUUUGGAUAUAUAGAAAAUUGAUGUUUGUGCAUACACAAAAUCGAAUCACGUGUGAGCAAAACUUUUUGGCCAAUCAUUGAAAAUUUAGCAGUUUUAUUCAGAUUUUGUUUUAGCUAUGUGUGUGUGCACGUGAAAUUGUGAACAAAGCAAAACAAAAAAAAAGAGUUGUGUUAUUAUUGCACAUAUAGUUUAGAGGUAAAGUUUGACACACAAUGUAAGUAUUAUUUCUCAUUAAACCGGCGGAGAAAAGCAGCGCUUUUUGUUUUUUUAACUUUAUGUUAAGAGACUAUUCUGUUCAAAGUAUUGAACACCGUGUAUAAAGUGUAAAUGUGAACGUCGCGUGCGACGAAACAACCUGAUAUUAUCUGUACUAAUAUUUAUGUUUUUAGUUUUUAUUAGAUGUUUUCGUGUCCCUUUGUCUAACGAGAUAUAUAUAUAUAUAUAUAUAUAUAUAUAUAUAUAUACACAUAUAUAGUCAAAAGUGUCUCCUCGAAUAUUAGAAAAACUAGACGCGUUGCCUUUAUUAUUUUUUUUUCGAGAUUUGUGCAGCCUUCCCAACUUUUUGAUAAACUGUCGAGUUGUUUCUUUUUUUACUGCAUUAGGAAAUGAUAGACAUAAUAGACACUUGAUGGAACCAAUUUACUAAUCAACUCACCGAUAAUUUAGAUUUCCUAAGAAAAUUGUAUUCUGCAGGUUUAUAAACUAUACCAAACUGUGAAGGGAAUAAUUGUUUUCAUUUGGUCAGUUUAGUUCCUUAAACAAAUGACAUAAUAGACAUUGAAAAUUCGACUACCAGUUAGCCGUGGAUGCUCUCUCACUUCUUACGCGUAAAUGUUCGUCUCGUUUGAGAGACGACUUGUGCUGCCUCUCCUCAGCAGUCCCUUGGGUCACAUUUAUUGUACUGUCAGGGACGUUUCCGAAUUAGAAAAAAAAACACAAAAAAGUGUCCCUUGAGAAAGUAGAAAAACAGAUGAGGUAAAAUCGUUACUAACCAAUUAACGUUUAAGAAAAUAGUUCUUAUCUGCGUCCCAGUGCAUUUAUCUGUGUUACAGACUAGAGUUUAUGUUUAUUAUACACAAAUCGACACAUUUAUUAGAUGUAUUCUUCUAUUUUUAGUAUUAUUUUUAACAAUAAAUGUGUUCCAUUCAUAUCGUUUUGAUUAUAUCGAAUUGAAUUAUAGUUUUCAUCUACGUGUCUUAUUUUGUAUUAUUCCGAUUACUAAUGUUCUAGAUUUAUUUAGCUAGUAUAUAAUACACGAAAUGUGAAUUUUUAACUGUAUUAAUUUUUGUUUGUUUAUAAUUAUAAAAUAAUUAUUGCAAUUGUACUGAAUAAACCCAACAACAACUGAAGCAUUAGAAGUGGUCGUAGAAGACAGACAACAAAAAAAUAACCUGUAAAUUAUUGUAUGUAUAUUCACCAACGAUGCACUUUUUGCGCUGAUCUUCAAAAAAGCUUUUUUUAUAUAAAAGAAAACAUCUAUUUGUUUGUGUUUUAGUUUUCUUCUCCUCCUUUUUUUAUGUGUUCUAGCAUACUUAGAAAGAAACUUUCCUUGUGUUAUUCAUUCCGUAAUCUUUUCCGACUUCAUUUUCGCUUUUGUUGUGUCUUUUCGGAUGCUAUCAUUUUGUAGACUUUGUUCGAAGCUGGGACUUAUUUGAGCUAUUUCGUCAAAAGAACGAUUGACUCAUACACAUGCGGCAGAAAGCUUAUGGCAUUCGAUCAAAUGCAAAUUCGGAGAAAAGCAACGACGAAAAACAAUUCACGAUUAUCGAUUCAUUCAAUUAGCUAGCUAAUCUCACCACAGCCCUCUUAUUCAUUGUUUUUCCGAAUCAAAAAUUGAGGUUGAAAAUAAAUUCGAACAUUCUGAAGCAAAACGCAAGGAUCGGCCGAAGCUAUUGGUUGCCCAUUUUCAAUAGUUUAUUAUAAUAAUUGAGACAAAAAAAAUGUUGUUUUUGAAGUGUGAUCAAGAAAAAGCGAUUGUGUUUGGAUUUUUACGUGUCCGCGCUAGAGAGUGAAAUUACCAUCAACUUAUCAAAAAUAUAAAAAAAAGUGUCUGCUUCCAUAUGUUGAAAUGGAUCCAACUCCCGUAAUCCCGUUCCAACACUAUUGUACAUACAAAUAAAAGCUCUUUACUGGACAUCAUUUUCCUCGCAAUGUGAGGCAAAGUUAUUGGAUUCUCAAGAAACAAAAAAAAACAUAUUUCCAACAAACAAACCAAAAUUUAGAUAUCUACACAAUACCCGCUAUGGGAGAUAUGCAGCGAGCGACGCUGAGCAACCGAAUUCGAAGCGAAGUCAGAGAUAAAAUUCAUAUGUUAGUAUUGUAAAUGUGUACGUGUUUGAACCAAAACCAGAAAAAAAUCACAAAAAUGGGCAAAAAUCCCUUCUGAAAACAGGAACACAACCCAUAUUUGAGCAAGAUAAAAAAGCAAUACACACGGGAAUUAGUUCAGCGUGAUUGCAGAUUAUAUCGACAGCGGCAAAAAGAUGAUCAUCGGAAACAGCCCCGGAGUCCAGAUGUAGUUAAAAGUUUUAAGGGAUGCAUUUAUGGGGAAAAUAACCUACUUUUAAGACAAAUUUAUGAUACCUUUGCGCGGAAAAACUCUGAUCAGCUGAAAUACAAAUACAUACACUCAUUAAACACGAAGAAAAGUCAUUGUUGUAAAACAAGAACCACAUGCAUGCAAGGACAAAUCCCCGAUGGUAAGUUCGACACAAAAUGUUCCAUGCUGUGUUUACACAAAAUGGGAGGAAAAGUCAUAUAAAAAUGGAUCAACAAAUAACCGAAAUUCGUAUGGUUAAAGACGAAGAAUAAGGUGGAGAGGAUAAAUGAAUAAAUAAAUCAACAGUUGAGAGAAGUGAGUAAGGAAUAAGCAAAGUAAAUAUAAAUGAUAUUUAUAAUUGACUAAUAAAUGUA